UCUUGCCUCAAGAGAUUGAGAGAGUUUGGAGCUAGCUACGAGUUGGUGUGACGGUGCAGACAAGUCCAGAUCAAACAUGCCCAAAUGCCCGAAGUGUGGAAAGGAGGUGUAUUUUGCUGAGAAAGUCUCAUACCAUGGAAAGGAUUGGCACAAAUCUUGUUUGAAAUGUGGAAAAUGCAACAAGACUUUGACAGCUGGUUCUUUCUCUGAACACAAUGGGCAGCCUUAUUGCAGCACACCCUGUUAUGGAGCUCUCUUUGGGCCUAAAGGAUUUGGACAUGGUGGGACUGAAAGCCACGCAUAUUCUUAAACACAAGGUUUACCAUUUGCAAUGACUGACAACAAGACCUUGGAAAGAGAAGAGGGAGCUCAGUUUGUGUAUUCUCAGCCAGAUUACAAUAACUCUUGGUAUCUGGAAUUGCACACAUACACUAGUAUAGAACCUAACCUUCUCACAGCCCACUACAGGGUUUGAGCAGGCUUGUUUGUAUAGAGUGAACAACCUGCCCAAUGUGUACACUUCCUUUUUAUAAAGGUAGCCACAGCGGCAGUCUUGGAGUGGGAUUGGGCUUGGGGAAAUUGAAUUACUUUGUGGAGCAAGGUGGGAGUUAGAGGGUAAUUCUACUCCUCUCCCAGAGAUCGCCAAAGAUGGUGGGAUUCUGGCAAUGUCAGUGUAACCUCAUUGCUCCCCAAUUACCAGGAGUUACUCACUUGUCAUCCUGAUUGGCUGAGAUGAUGGAUGGAUGAAAACUUGUUUCAAAGUCAGUCUGUAAUCAACUUGUCAUUCCUUUUCAUAGACACAAUAAAGGAUAUUCAUUCUUA